UCAAAAUUAACCUUAGCUGUCAAACUUUUAGGCGGAUUGCAAAAUAAAAUACGUGACUAAGAAUUAAGAUAUUAAACACAAUGACGACGCCGCCGUCUGAAUUAAAUUUUGAUGAAAUACUGAAAUUUAUGUUAGCUCACAAUGGUAAAGUGACAAACUUUGAGUUAGUUAAACAUUUUAAAAUGUUUUUGAUGAAUCCAGAUAUGCGAGAUGAAGCAAGAAGUACGUUUAAAAAGCAUGUGAAUGCUUUGGCUAUUAUGAAAAAUCAAAAUAACGAGAAAUGGUUGAUUCUGAAGAAGAAAUAUAUGCCGGUUAAUAUUAAAGACGGCGACGAUGUAAGUGAAAAUAAAGUGUCGGAACCACUUUCUAAUGUUUCGCCUACUGAAAGUGCCACAGAGGCCACUGUUUCAGAACCAGCAACAUAUCAACCUGAACUCCCACUUCAUCUUAAUCAAGACUUCAGUGUUUUAACAAGUAUAAUCCAAGAUACAAAUUUGAAUGACCAAAAUAGCUCUGGAACACCUAAAAGUGACUCUAAAGAGAGUUUGUUUGCAUCAACUGAAGACAUACCUCCUAAAGUUCAUCCACGAAGGAAGGCAAGUGAAAAAUUGGAGAAACAAUCAAGCUUAGUUUCAGACAGUGGGUCACGGAACUCGAUUCUGACCCAUGAAUUAUCAGAGCAAAAUGACACAUCUACUGCAUCAUUGUCAUCUUCUAGAAGUGAAAGUAUGUUGUUGGAUAAUGAACAAAAAAUAUCUGUUAAGGAAAGGAAGCAAAUGUUCAAUAGGAUGGCCUCGGAGAGUGAUGUACCCAAGCAUAAAAUAGGAUUUAAUAAUUCGAGUGUGGAUGAAGGGGACAAAGUAUCUUUGGAUCAUAAGAACGAAACUGACCCUCUGGAUUCUAAACAGAAGCAAUGGAUUCUGUGCGCGGCUCGAGGAGAGUAUCAUUCCCUUGCUAAGAUGUGUAAAGACAACCCGAAGCUCGUCAGAACCAAGGAUCCCUUCACGGGCUAUACUGCAAUGCAUUGGGCCUGCAAGCGAGGUGACGAAAAUUUAGUGAAACUACUGGCAGGUGUCGCUCGUCAAGUUAUCAAUGAACGUUCCAAUGGGGGAUACACUCCUCUGCACAUCGCAAUUCAGUUCCGUAAUGAAAAUGUUUAUAAUCUCCUUGUAGAUGUUUAUGAUGCUGAUCCAAAUGUGAGGGACUGGUCUGGUAGGAAAGCCAGGCAGUAUUUAGUUCGUAUGGACACAUCACUCUCACCCGGAUCCUAUCGAAAAAAAGAAGGAUUUUUACGUAUUGGAUCUUUAAAUGUUCGUGUAAAGAAGACUACGGAAGCUUUCAGUAAUUUCCUCGGCGUGGGUGCGACUCGUUCAUCCGGUUACGUUCCUAAAUUAAUCAGGGAAAGGGAUUUGGACCGACGUUCUGAUGAUGGUGAACAGUUACACAAAUCUUGGGGAUCAGCUGAUAAUAUACCGAAGAACGACAAGAUGCCACCGCCGAUGAGUAACAAAGUCCGUCGUAGAGGGGCCAGUGGUCGUCGUAACGUAGGAUCUCACAGCAGAAGUACACCUUCAACUCCUGAUCAGCCUCGUGCACAAAUUGGUGUUAGUGAAGAACGAGAUUCGGAUUCAGACAGCGCGGCAGGCUUCCACUCCGCUUGGAAACAACGCGCCUCGUGCACAUAAACAAUAAAUGUACUUAAAACAAGUAUUACAAAGUUACAAGUAUUUUUAGAUUUAAGUAUAUUAUAUCGAUGUAAAAAUGUUCCGAUCAAAUCGGUGUAUGAUUUUUAUUUGAAAACCAUUUUAGUAAAUAUUUUAUUUUAGUACUAUUGUAUAGUAAAAUGAACUAUUCUGAACAAAUACGAUAAGAGACAUGAAAUCGAAUUCGAACGUUUUCGGCCUUGCCCUUGUGUAUAUAGAUAUAAUGAAUUCUAAAAUGUUAACAUUCCCUUUUAUUUUAUGUUGAAACUAAUUUUAUAUAAUUGGUUUGUUAAGUGAUAAAUAAUGAAGACUCAUUCCAAUGCACUUUAAUAAACUUAAGUAUUAUUGUUGUAAUAAAUUUACAAUUUUACAAAGUAUUUUUACAAAACGUUAAUUUGUACAUGUACAAUAACAAAUCAAAUUUAAUGUAAUUUAUACACUUUUUGGCACAAACGAAACUUAAAACUAUACAAUUAUAUCUUACAUUCAAAUACAUUUGAAAUAUAUAGACUAGACAGAGUUAACAACAUUCACCGGUAACUUUGAUAGGUACUGUGUCAAGUUAAAUUCCACCUCAUGUCCUUGUGUUGUCAUGUUAUAAAACAUUUUACAGCAUUAUAAUAAGCUCCAUCUUUUGUAUAUAAUAAACUAAACAGUGUCACAAAAUAAAACAAAACAUUUAAAUUUUAACACCUAUUGGCAAUUUAUUCAAAUACAGUUAAUUAUAUUGUCAUGUGGUUUUAAAGAUCUAUUAAUAGAUAGUGUCAGUGAUAGAUUGUAUUGAAAAGUGAUUUCAUGAGAUGGAUAUUUUAAAAUAUUGACAACAUGAAGUAGCUUUAGGACUCAUUCUAAAGACGGUAGGCAAAUGAAUGCGGGAACUGCAUCGAAUGUUGUAAAUAUAGCUUAGCGCGUCUCAAUACCCAUUGUGGCCGGUAGAAAUAUGCGUAACUGGUUAGAGGGUUUCCUUAACCAGUUAGAUACUUCAGCUCGUGCAACUCAAGAGCGCUAGUUGCCUGGAUCCUCUUCUACAGCGCAUUUUAACAACCAGCCUAGUACCGAUGUACCGUCGUCGCGCGCGACCGCGACAGCACCUUUAAGCAACGUCUUUCGCUCGUGCAGCCUCUGCCAGCAUCGGCGUCUCGCGUGCCACACAUGUCACAAGCACGCACCACGCAUUUAAAUAAAAAUCAUAAAAAUGACCAGUGACAACUCCAAAUGUGAGCGUUGGCGAUAUAACAAAUAAAAGCCUCCAUUUAUAUACUUUUUCUUUUUUAGAAUUAUUUGUAAAUGAAAUAAAGAGCAAAUUUGCUUUUUUGUAUUUUUUUUUAUUUUCUAAUAAAUCCUGAAGACGGUGCUAGGGUGUAUGUUAUUUAUUUUACACUUUUUCUAUGACAGAUUCACUUCAUUUUUUUAAAGUUUGAAUCUAAAUCUCCGCGCGCUCCUGCUUUCUAACCUUUUAGUGAGUGCCCUUGCAUUAUCUGUUGGCUGCCCCACGAAAUAUAUUCAAACGUAGCUAAGACGAUAUAUGUACGUUCUUUUCACCAUCAGAAAAUUUAGCUAAAUUGAACUUUACCUUACGCGAGUCUGUUCACGAGACCGUGGGGAUUUAGAUUGCUGCUGCGAAGGACCCGAAGGAGGACAACAUGUAAACGAAGAUUUACUUGUAUAAAAAUAAAUGAAUACAUACAAUACAGUAUUGUAUUAUCUAUGGUAAGCGGGGGGUCGUGUAAUUGACAAUGAAUAAUUAACAAUCAAAACAGACGGUACUAUUCGUUGGCAUUUUAACAGUAUAAAUACCUUUAAUAAAGAUUAACUACCGUUAUUCCGAUAGUCGUAUCUAUAAAUAAACUGACCUUCGAUCUUGUUAAAUAGCUCUCGUUAAACAAUUGGGGAAAGGGUCCGUAGAAUUUUUUUUUGUCAUAAACCAAUAAGUAUUAUGAGUGGAAAAUCCACAGCAUAUAAUAUUGGGAAUGGAUAACUUGUUAUUUUUUAAACAAAAAUUAUGAUAUUUCUAUUUAAUAUAUAAAUGUAUUAAAUACAAAAUAAAAAUAUAAAUGAAUUGGAAAUUGUAAUUAAAUGCUUUAAGCAAAUCCUAAUAACGCAUUUACACAGACACAACAUAGUUAUUUUAAAAGAAAUUAUUAUUUGCGCACAGGCCCACCACUUAGGCGGGGACAGAUUAAUUUAGGUAAAGGUUAUGUCGCAGAAGAGGUAUUUCAUCACGAGGAAUUCCCCUCAAAUUUUCCACAAGAUCUGAAAAACGAUCCCAUAUCUUAGAAUUAAAUCAGAUAAAUAACAGUAUACCAUUUUAUAAUACAUUCUUGUGUCACAAAAUUUAUUCGUAAUUUUAAAAUUUCGAUAGAUACCGGUAGUCAAAGUUCUUUUGAACGGAACAAGCGUCACAAUAUUUUAAAGAAAACUAAGAAACUGAAAUAUUUCCCAUUAAGACUUUAAAUGGUAUGGACACACCCGCCACGACAGUACAGAAUGACGUCACUCAUCUUUGGAGCGACGUCCACCCCCGCGACAGCGAAUUACGUAAAGAACAUAAACGCCAAGAGAUACCAGAAAACGAACCCGGCAGCUUACGACGCCAUCCUAAAAUGCCAUUACGUCGAUGACUAUCUACAAACUUUUUAAACUAUAGAAGAAGGGAUUCGAACAGCAUGCGACGUACGAGACAUCCACAAAAAAGCGCACUACGAGCUGAGGCAAUGGGCCUCGAAUAGCCAUAGUUGUGGGUGCCGCCGAACGGAAACUCGUUCAGUUCAAAUCACCAAACAAUUAUUGCUUUUAACACUAGACCAUGUAACUGGCAUGCGUAGACUCGACUACGCAUGUCAGUAAUCGUGGAAAAAACGAUGUCAGUAUAUGAAACUAUAGCGAGUAAGGCGAAUGAUUUAAAAUAAAGAUAUUAACACAUGCGUCUUUAGUGGUGACCCCGACAUGAUUUCCUAAACGAUUAUUAACAUAUUAAAUAAAAUGUUGUUUCUUGCGACUGCAAUAAAGCAUACAUUUUUGAUACUUUAUUAUUUAGAAGAAUCGUAUACAAAUAGAUCUCUUCCCCGAUAGUGCUAAUGUUAUGAUUUCUCUAGGAUGUAAAUUCGGAUACACUACGAUUUACUAGAGAUAUCUUAAGAUUUUGCCAGUUACUAUUUGUGUUAAUUUUUAGUAGUUGGAUUCGCCUUUUGCAUGUUAAUAUGUAAGUUAACAUUGAACAAAUGUCAAAGCCGAAGUCUCCUUUCUCAUUCAAUCGCUCUAUUUACUGCUUCAGAGUAUAAUAAAGAACUUCUCCUAUCACUGCGCUCCUAGCCGAGUACUUUGAAGAGUACGCCCUAGCACUGCAUGGAAGCCUGAAUUUGGCAAAACGAAGUCGUUUGCUUUCUCAAAACCGAAGAAGUUUUGCAUUUAAAUUGAAUCCAGAUUUAAUCCUUCUGUGUCUCUCUAGGACAAUUAUGUCUGCUAGACACUUCGAAUAAGUUUACCAUUCUGGAUGGAUAAUGAAUUAAAGCAGCACUAUUACAUCUUCGAACUGCGACCAGUUGAGUGUGUUAUCGCAAGUACUUGCGUCACCAGUAAAAUCAAUAACAGCCGAAACAUAUUCUACAUGUCGGAGAUCUUCCUCCAGAAGUGCUUACCCACCAUUGCAGACCCUUGUGUUUGAUCACUUUGGACAGAUCACCCUAUUGGCGGUCACACGGAAAAGCGCUAUGUCGCCUUCUUUAAAAGACUCGUUGUGCGCGAUGUAAAUCUGGAAAUUCUGGUUUUAUUUCAAAUGCUAUCACUAUGGCUUUGAGAGCAAAAAGAGUAUUAGCAACAUUGUGAAAAUAGAUGCUUGUUCGGAGAAUGCGAUAGAGAAGGAGCCUUCGACUCGUGGUCCACUACCACUUAUUUUUUUUGUUUUGAAUAACCUAAUAUUUGUUUUUGUGUAGUUUAGUUAAAACGUAAUUGUUUAGUUCUUUUUAUAUCACUAACAUACUUUAUUUUUAUUGCGUGCCCAUGUACAUACAAUACGUUGUUUUUUUUCUUUUGUAAACACUAUGUGCAUUACGCUUUAUCUUUGUUGCUUCGGUCAACUUUAGUUUAAUUUUACUUUUUUAAGUACUUAUAGGUUUUUGUCGUCUUGUGACAUCAGGGGUCGGGCAUGUUGGCGAUGCAA